AUGAGCGAAAAGUCACAAAAAGUAACCAAUGUUAUCUUAGCAGUUGGUGGAGCAGCUUUAGGAAUAUUCAUCUUUACUAAAUAUCGUAAGAGUAUUCUGCAAAAGCUUUCAUAUACGAAACGCAGAAUUUUGCAUGAUUUCAUUAAAAUACCGCGGACCAAAUUUCAAGUACAAUUAAUUAACGACGAAAAAGAAUGUGCUUUAUUCAUUGAACAACUUAGGAAACAUUGCUUUGACUUUCCGGUUGUUGGAUUUGAUUGCGAAUGGGUUACAGUUAACAAUCAAAGAAGAAAAAUAGCUUUAAUUCAAUUAUGUUCGAUAAAAGGUUUUUGUGCACUUUUUCGUGUUAGUAAAUUUUCAAAUAUUCCAAUUGAAUUGCGAAAUAUUCUUGAAGAUCCUACCAUUAUAAAAACGGGAAUAACGCCUGAACACGAUGCAAAUUAUUUGUUUCAAGAUUACGCAAUAAUGAUGAAAGGAACAUUUGACUUGAGAUUUUUAGCACUUUUAGCGGAUGAAAAAGCUGAAGGACUUGGAAAACUUUCAAAAGCAAUCCUUGGAAUAGAAUUGGAUAAGAACUGGCGUGUCAGAUGUUCCGAUUGGGAAAUUGAAACACUUAGUAAACAGCAAAUUGAUUAUGCAGCAAAAGAUGCUUUUGUCGCCAUCGAAAUUUUUCAUGAAUUAUACAAAACCAUAAAACCGAACGAAAGUCGUCAUGAGGAAAUUAAAACAUUCUGCGACACUUAUACAGAUAUAAAAUUUAAAAACAAAUUGAAUAACUUUGGAGAAAAUGAUCGAAAGUUAUUAAAUCCAAAAAAUUCAAGAUUUGGAAAAAAUGUUUAUCGAGCUUACACAACACGUUCAACUCCUUACUAUGAUAAUUGUCAUUUACAAGCCCCAGAUGGUGAACUUCUUUGUACCUGUGAUUAUAAAAAAGCAAUUUGGUAUGUAAAGAAGGAACGCGGAGUUGUAAUAAGUGAAGAUCCAAUUUACACAGUACGAUUAAAUUUUGAGCCAGCUGGACGGGCUGUAGGAGAGGUCGGUGAAUAUUACAAAUGUCAAAGAGAUAAUUGUUGUGUCGUUUGUGGCAAAACAAACGAAUUGAUACGAAAAAACGUAGUUCCACGUGAAUAUCGGAAAUUUUUUCCUGAAGUGAUGAAAUCAAAGACCAGUCACGAUGUUUUGUUGUUAUGUUUCAUGUGCCAUCAACGUUCGAAUAUUACUGAUUUAAAAAUGCGACAAUCACUUCAAAUGGAAUGCGAUGCACCAUUAAGUGGACUUACAAAUGUUGAACUUUCUGAUGCUGCCAAGAAAUUAAAUCAAGAACAAAAAAUCGCUCGUGCAUUAAUGAAUCAAGAAAUCCCAGAAAAGCGAAAAGCAGAAUUGAAACAAAUGCUUCAGAAAAUGUACGAAAACAAAGAAAUUAAUGAUGAACUUUUGUCUGAGAUUCUUUCCAAGAAACCAAUAAAAAUUAACUUUGAGAUGCCAUCACAUGGAGAAAUUGUGGUAAAGAAAUUUAUUGAAAAUGGUGGACUCACUCAAUUAGAGAAACGUUGGCGUCAACAUUUUCUUGAUGUUAUGGAACCAAAACAUAUGCCAAAGUUGUGGAGCGUAAAUCACAACAUUAAUCGGCUGGAAAUCCGAGCAAGCGAAGGAAGAAUUAAUUCUGAAGAAUUAAAAAUUGCAGGAGUUGAUGCUGUAAUUUUACCAAAAGCAUCGCAACUUUCUUCUGUCUCUGUUGAUGAUAAUAAUGAAGAAGACAACAUUGAUUCGUCAUCAGAUUUUGAAUAUCAUUCAGCUAUUGGAUCAAACGAUUCACAUUCAAAACCUGUUGAUCUUGAUCGAACGAUUACUGAAGAAAAUUAUUAUUCUGAUGGUGCCAGCACAAAAAGUUUCUACGAGACUAUAAAAAGUGAUGGAUCAACACUUGAUGACUUUCAUUCAUUUGCUUCAUCUUUCAAUGAACAUCCGCUUGAUGAUUUUGAUGAAAGCUGUUCAUCACUUUCGUCGGAUGAAAAUUCUCUCGAUUCGGAUACUGAAAAAACGUCGAUGACAAAGAUUGGAACAUUUAUCACUCCAAUUGUGGAGCCAAUUGAUGGAAGACUUGUCGGUGGAGCUAACGUAGGAUUGGGAUUAGUUCCAUUCAUGGCUUCUUUGAGAACUCUUCAAAAUUUACAUUUCUGUGGUGGUUCAAUUUUGACAAAUCGUUGGAUUUUAACUUCAGGGCAAUGUGUCUUUGGUCGUGCUCUUAAUUCAAUUAAUGUCGUUGUUGGAACUGUCACGUUAAAUGCGGGUGGUGUCACUAUUCGUAGUACUAAUAUUACGAUUCACCCGGGAUAUAACCCAGCAACUCUCAUCAAUGAUGUUGGUCUUAUUUUCGUGGCUUCAAAUAUUGCACUUUCAAAUAAUGUCCAAUUGGGUGCGAUAAGUGCAAACAUCAUAGGCCAAGGAAUGUCAGCUCAAGUAUCUGGAUGGGGUUCUAAUGUGCUAGGCGGUGGAGUUUCUUCCAACAAUUUACUUCGUAUGACAACAAAUAUCAUUUCAAAUGCUGAAUGCAGAUCGAGACACUCGAGAUUUGACGAAAGUCGUGUCACUAAUGACAAAAUUUGCACAUUUACUCGUUCAGAUGAAGGCACUUGUUAUGGUGAUGAAGGUGGUGCACUUGUCGUUAAUGGUUUAAUUGCUGGAAUAGCAUCUUGGCAAGUAGCUUGCGGUCAGGGAAUACCCGACGUUUAUGAACGCAUUGCUCCACAUCGCUUAUGGAUUUUAGGCAUUAUUGGAUAAUUUGUUUUCCUUUUUGUGAAAAAUAAGAGUGUUCAAUAAAAGCUUUUAUAAUCCAAAAAUA